AUGCUUCUCUCAUAUAAGCCAAUCAGAGAGUCUACAACAGAUAUGGAACAGAUAUGUCUCUGUUCACCUCAAGCAAAGGAACUAGAGAUAUUUUUCUCUCAUUUUUCUUUUGUAUCUUUUCCUUUUUUUCUUUCUUUUUAUAUUUCUCCUUUUCCUCUUUCAUUCUUCCUCUUCCCUUUGAACUGUCUCCAUCCAAGAAUUUUACCCAGUUUUCUCUCUUUUUUUUCUUUAUUAUUUCAUUUUCUCCUUCUUUUCUUUCAAUUAUCUAAGCUUUUCUUCUUCUUUUCUUUUAAUUAUUAUCUCCUGUUCUUGUUUCUUUCAUUCAAUUGCUUUAUUUUCUUCUCCUCUUCUUUCAAUUAUUUUUUCAUCUUUUUCCUUUUUUCAAUUAUCAUAUUUUUUCUUCCUUUCUUUCACUUAUCUUCUUCCUUUUAUUCAUUUAUCUUUUCUUCUUCCCUUCUUUCAACUGUGUUCUCCCUUUCUUCUUCCUUUCUUUCAAUUAUCUUAUUCUUUUUUUUCUUAACUUCUUCACCUGUCUUCACCUUUUCUUUUUCCAUUCUUUCAAUUAUUUUCUCCUUUUCUUCUUUCAAUUAUAUAUUUCUUUGUCUUUUCCUUUUUUCAUUUCUGCAAAAUCAUUUACAUACUCUUUUCAAUUUUUUUAUCUAUUUUCCUUUCUUUUUGUCAUCACUUUCCUUUUCAUUCAUUCUGUCUGCUUCUUACAAAUUCAUUUAUCUUUACUUCAUCACCUUUUUCCUUCUCCUCAUCAAAAUUAUUCUCUUUAUCUUCUUUUCUUUAGUGUUUUUCCUUCCUCUUCUUUCAAUUGCUAAAUAUCAUCUACUUUUCUUCUUUCUUCUUCCCGUUCUUUCAAUUGUUUCCUUCUUUUUUGUUCUUCUGCACAGAAUUAUCAUCUUCUGUUCUUUUUCCUUCCCCUUUUUUAAAUUGCUCCUUCUUUUUCAUUCUCCUGCACUAAAUUAUUGCUUUUUUUCUUCUUCCCCAUCUUAUCAAUUGUUUCCUUCUUUUUCCAUCUUCUGCAAAGAAUUAUUGUCUUCUUUUCUUCUUCCUUCUUCUACGUCUUUUAUUUGUUUCCUUCUUUUUACUCCUUCUUCCCAGAAUUAUUUUAUUCUUUUCUUCUUUCUUCUUCUCCUUCUUUCAAUUGUUUCCUUCUUUUUCCUUCUCCUUCACAGAAUUAUUUUAUUCUUUUCUUCUUUCUUCUUCUCCUCCUUUCUAUUGCUGUUUUCUUGUUUCUUCUUUUUAGAAUUAUUUUUUCUUUUCUUCUUCUUUUUUCUUGCCUUCUUUCUAGUGUCUUCUUUUUUCUUUCUUUCAUUUAUCUUCUUUUUUUCUUCCUUGCUUUUAAUUAACUUCUCUUUUUCAUUCUCUUUCCCUUUCUUACAGUUGUUAUAUUCUUUUUCCUUUUCAUUUUUAGAAUUAUUUCCUUUAUCUUCUUUUUAUUUCAACUUCUUUUUCCUUUCUUUUCAAUUAUUUUCUUUAUGUUUUUCUUUUCUACUUCAUUUUUUUCUUUCUCUUUUUCCUUAUCUACUUCUUAUACUCAUCAUCUUUUACUUUCUCCUUCUUUCAAUUAUGCUAUCAUCAUCUUCUUUUUCCCCACUACACUCUUCAAUUAGUAUUUUAUUCUUCAUUUUCCUCAUUGGAAUUUUUUUCUUUUUCUAUCUUUCAUUUAUUGAAUUUUCUUCUUCGAAAUUCUUUCUACACCUUUUUCUUCUCUUUUCAUUUUUCUUCUUUUUCUUCUAG